CUCCUCCUGUGUUGUAUGAAGGCUGAACAGGGAGCUGCUGGUUAUUACAGGCUGUGGUUUGUGUUCCCUACGAACCGAGCUGCGCCCAUAAGCAAGGCACCAGCUCUGUUGGACAACAGGGAUUUUCCCUUUGGGAAACACGGCUCCGGACUCGUAACUCCGUCUCUUUGGGGGGAUUUAGAUAGCCGCCAUGUUUAACUUGAUGAAGAAGGAUAAAGAGAGGGAAGGCAGCAGGAAAGAGAAGAAGGGUAAAAAUGACAGGAUGUCUGCUGCAGAGCUGCGCAGCCUGGAGGAGAUGAGCGUGCGGCGAGGCUUCUUCAAUCUGAAGAGAGAGGCUAAACGAGAGUCCAAGACCAAAGUGGAGAUCUCCAACCCCAUUCCCAUCAAAGUGGCCAGCACCACCGAGCUAUCGCUCACCGACAUCGAGUCGGAUAACGUCAGCAACCGAAGCAGCGUGGUUCUGGACGACCAGAUUAGUGUGGCCAGCUCCACUGAUGAGCAGAGAGGUGAAGGAGAAAAGGAUGGACACCGCAGCUCGGUGCGGGAUCGCGUGGCGCACUUUGGUUCUCUUGCAAAGCAGAACUCGUCACAGAUGGGGCAAAUGAUGAAACGCUUCUCCUUCUCCCAGAGGAGCAAGGAGGAGAGCCCAUCAGAGGGCUCCACUCCCUCCGGACAGAACUCUGCUGCCCCGUCGCCGCAGGUGGAGAACAAGGUUUUCAAUAUGCUGCGCAAACACAGCCAGAGGGGUCAACCAGAGGCGGCCGACCCCAGAAAGGUUUUCAUCCCUGAGCUGGUGGAUAAGGUGUUUCCUGCAGCGCUGCAGCUGCCUGCUGUGGUGGCACCAAGUGUCCCAGAAACACGGGAGCUGGAACUGCAGCGGCGCAACACCGGCGACUUUGGCUUUUCUUUGCGCCGCACCACAAUGCUAGACCGCAGUCCUGAUGGAGGAGUCUACAGGCGGGUGGUCCACUUUGCAGAACCUGGUGCCGGCACCAAGGACCUGGCGCUCGGACUGGUGCCUGGCGACAGGCUGGUGGAGAUAAACGGCCGGAACGUGGAGAACAAGAGCCGCGACGAGAUCGUUGAGAUGAUCCGUCAGUCAGGAGACACGGUGAGGCUGAAGGUGCAGCCCAUCCUGGAGCUGAGCGAGCUGAGCCGCUGCUGGUUGAGGAACAUCGAGGGGCUGCGCAGGGAGGCCAGACAUGUGAAGACCGAGGAGCAGAUAACAGCGGAGCAGGCCUGGUAUGGCUCAGAGAAAGUCUGGCUUGUUCACAAAGACGGUUUCUCUCUUGCCACUGUGCUGAAGACAGAGUCUGGUUCACACCCAGAGGGAAAGGUGAAAAUCCAGCUGGAGCAUGAUGGAACGAUCCUGGAUGUGGAUGAAGAUGACAUUGAGAAGGCCAACCCUCCAACUUACGACCGUUCUGAGGACCUUGCUUCACUCGUCUACCUGAAUGAAUCCAGUGUGAUUCACUGCUUGAGGCAGCGCUAUGGAGGAAACCUCAUUCAUUCCUUCGCUGGCCCCAACAUGGUCGUUAUCAACCCGCUCAGCACACCUUCAAUGUAUUCUGAGAAGGUCAUGCACAUGUUUAAAGGCUGCAGACGGGAAGACACCGCCCCUCACAUCUACGCUGUGGCCCAGUCAGCCUACCGCAACCUGCUCACCACCCAGCAGGAUCAGUCCGUUGUGCUGCUUGGCAAGUCUGGUAGCGGUAAAACCACCAACUGUCAGCAUCUGGUCCAGUACCUCGUCUCUAUGGCUGGGAGCACGGGCAAGAUCUUCUCUGCGGAGAAAUGGCAGGCGGUCUACACAAUCCUGGAGGCCUUUGGUAACUGCUCCACCACCAUGAACUCCAACGCCAGUCGCUUCUCUCAUGUUGUUUCGCUGGACUUUGAUCAGGCUGGCCAGGUGGCUUCUGCUUCCAUUCAGACAAUGCUGCUGGACAAGCUGCGGGUGAGCAGAAGACCUGAAGAGGAAUCCACCUUCAAUGUCUUCUACUAUUUGAUGGCUGGUGCUGACAGCGCUCUGAGGACGGAGUUGCAUCUCAACCAGCUGAAUGAGAGCAGUGCGUUUGGAAUCCAGCCACUCUCCAAGACUGAAGACAAGCAGAGGGCGCUGCAACAGUUCACCAAGCUCCAGGCUGCAAUGAAGGUCCUGGGCAUCUCUGUGGAGGAACAGAAAGCUCUCUGGCUUAUUCUAGGGGCCAUUUAUCACUUAGGGGCCGCAGGAGCCACUAAAGACGGAGAUGAAGCUGGACGCAGGCAAUUCGCUCGCCAUGAAUGGGCCCAGAAGGCGUCCUAUCUACUGGGCUGCAACCUGGAUGAACUGUCCUCACUGAUCUUCAAGAACCAGGCCAGAGGAAUGCAGCCUUUGUUCAGGGGGGGUACAGAUGAUGCUGGCCAAGGUGAUGGCUUAGGAUCUAAAUUCACGGCUCUGGAGUGUUUGGAGUCGAUGGCAUCAGGACUUUACUCCGAGGUCUUCACUGUGCUCAUCUCUCUCAUUAACAGGGCUCUGAAAUCCAGCCAGCAUUCUCUCUGCUCCAUCCUGAUUGUGGACACGCCAGGUUUCCAGAACCCUCGCCUGGCUCAGCAGCAAAGAGGAGCCACAUUUGAGGAGCUUUGCCAUAACUACACACAGGAGAGGCUGCAGACCCUGUUUCACGAACGCACCUUUGUCCAGGAGCUCGAUCGAUAUAAGGAGGAAAACAUAGAGCUUGUCUUAGAUGACGUAGAGUCCAGUCCCUCCCUGUCCAUAGCAGCCAUUGAUCAAGCUCCAUCUCAGGCUCUGGUCCGUACUCUUGCACGGAUGGAAGAGGCUCGAGGUCUUUUGUGGCUGAUGGAGGAGGAGGGGGUUAAGCCUGGAGGUUCAGAGGAACUGAUGUUGGAGAGACUCUUCAGCUACUACAGUGCUGGUCUGGGAGAAAACAAAGGAGCCAAUCUGUUGCUGCGAGGGGAGAAGUCCCACCUUUUCCUUCUGGGCCACAGCCAUGGAACGGACUGGGUGGAGUACAACAUCCAGGGCUGGCUGGGCCAUGCAAAGAACAACCCUGCAGCCCAGAGCGCUGCCACUCUGCUGCAGGACUCUCAGAAGAAGAACAUAAGUGGUCUGUUCCUUGGCCGGUCCAGUGGCGCCACUGUGUUGUCAGGCUCCAUUGCUGGUCUGGAGGGAAGCUCCCAGCUUGCCCUGCGUCGAGCCACAAGCAUGAGGAAGACGUUCACCACAGGUGUUGCUGCUGUCAAGAAAAAGAGUCACUGCAUCCAGGUCAAACUCCAAGUGGAUGCUUUGAUUGACAUGGUGCGUCGUUCCAAGGUUCACUUUGUUCAUUGCCUGCUGCCUAAAGCAGAGGCGGUGGGGGGAAGUGAACCCCGUGUGCCGCAUGGAGAGAGCUCUGAUUCCGGUCUGAUGACUUUAGAUGUGGGCCUCCUGAGAGCUCAGCUCCGAGGAUCUAAGCUGUUAGAGGCUCUACGCAUCUAUAGGCAAGGCUACCCAGAGCAUAUGGUGUUCUCAGAGUUCCGCAGACGCUUUGAUGUCCUCGCACCCCAACCAACCAAAAAACACGGCCGCAACCACAUCGUCCCAGACGAGAAAAGAGCAGUGGAAGAGUUGCUGGAAUCCCUGGAGUUGGAGAAGAGCAGCUUCCACAUGGGGCUGAGCAAGGUGUUUUUCCGAGCGGGGACUCUGUCCCGUCUGGAGGAGCAGCGCGAUGUCCAGACCAGGAAUAACAUCUCGCUGUUCCAGGCUGCCUGCAGAGGCUAUCUGGCCAGACAAGCAUUCAAAAAGAGGAAGAUCCAAAAUCUCGCCAUCCGCUGCAUCCAGAAGAACAUCAAAAAGAACCGCGGCGUGAAGGACUGGCCAUGGUGGAAGCUCUUCACCACCGUUAGACCUUUGAUAGAAGUGCAGCUCACUGAGGAGCAGAUCCGCGGGAAGGAUGAGGAGAUCCAGCAGCUGAAACAGAGGCUAGAAAAGGUGGAAAAGGAGAGGAACGAACUGCGGCUCAACAGUGACCGGCUGGAGAGCAGGGUCACAGAGCUGUCCACGGAGCUGACUGAUGAGAGGAAUACGGGUGAGUCUGCUUCCCAGCUGCUGGAGGCCGAGACCUCUGAAAGACUGCGUCUGGAAAAGGACAUGAAAGACCUGCAGACCAAGUUUGACAGCAUGAAGAAGCAGAUGGAGUCCAUGGAGAUGGAGGUCAUGGAGGCCCGGCUCAUCAGAGCUUCAGAGCUGAAUGGAGAGUUGGAUGAUGAUGACACAGGAGGAGAGUGGCGGCUGAAGUAUGAGCGAGCCAUCAGGGAGAUCGAGUUCACCAAGAAGCGACUGCAGCAAGAGUUUGAUGACAAGCUGGAGGUUGAACAACAGAACAAGCGGCAGCUGGAGAGGCGGAUCAGUGACCUGCAGGCUGAUAUUGAGGAGUCUCAGCGAAACAUUCAGCAGUUGAAGAAGAAGAAUCAGCGGCUGAUAGCUGAGCUGCAGGACACCAAGCUUCACCUGGAGGGCCAACAGAGCCGGAACCAUGACCUGGAGAAAAAGCAGAGAAAGUUUGACAGUGAGCUGAGUGCAGCCCAAGAUGAGGCACAGAGGGAGAGGAGCCUGAGGGAGAAGCUAGCUCGGGAGAAGGACAUGCAGAGUGGAGAUUGCUUCAGCCUCAGACAGCAGCUGGAGGAUAAGGACCUUGAAUUGCGCACCGUCCAAUUAAAGCUCGACCAGUUUGAAGCAGAGCUGCAGGAUCUGAACUCCCAGGAAUCCAAGGAUGAAGCAUCUCUAGCUAAGAUGAAAAAGCAGCUUCGUGACAUGGAAGCAAAGAUUAAAGACCAGGAGGAAGAGCUGGAUGAGCAAGCCGGGACCAUCCAGAUGUUGGAGCAGGCUAAACUACGGCUGGAGAUGGAGAUGGAACGUUUGCGUCAUACUCAUUUUAAGGAGAUCGAAAGCAAAGACGACGAGGUGGAGGAGAUCAGACAGUCUUACAGUAAAAAGCUGAAGCAAAUGGAGGUCCAGCUUGAAGAGGAGUACGAUGAAAAGCAGAAGGUGCUGAAGGAGAAGAGAGAGCUGGAGGCAAAGCUCCUUUCUGCACAAAGCAAGGUAAGAGCACUGUGUUGGUCAGAAUCAGAAGAUGCUUUUAUCCAAAGAGACUUACAAAGUAGGCAGAAUUUUAGAGUUACCAUGGAAAUGAAGCUGGAGGAGCAGCUGAGCCGUCUUCAGAGAGAGAAGAACGACCUGCAGUCCAGGAUGGAGGAGGACCAGGAGGACCUGAAUGAACUGAUGAAAAAGCACAAGUCUGCUGUUGCCCAGUUGGCUCAGAACUUGGCUCAGAUCAACGAUCUUCAGACUCAGCUGGAGGAGGCCCUCAGGGAGAAACAGGAGGUUCAGGAAAAGAUGCAGGUCCUCCAGAGCCAGCUGGAGUUCCAGGAACAGUCCACGGUUGAGAAGUCCCUCGCCAAUCGACAGGAAGCCAAGAUCCGGGAGCUGGAGACCAAAAUGGAGUUUGAAAAGACGCAGGUCAAACGGCUAGAGAACCUUGUAGCUCGUUUAAAGGAGAACGUGGAGAAGCUGACGGAGGAAAGAGAUCAGCGCAUCACCAGCGAGAAUCGCGAGAAGGAGCAAAAUAAACGUUUGCAGAGACAGAUCCGAGACAUCAAAGAGGAGAUGGGCGAACUUGCUAAGAAGGAAGCAGAAGCGAGUCACAAAAAACAUGAGCUGGAGAUGGAUAUUGAGAGUCUAGAGGCUGCGAAUCAGAGCCUCCAGGCAGACCUGAAGCUGGCCUUCAAAAGGAUCGGUGACCUGCAGGCUGCCAUCGAGGACGACAUGGAGAGCGAUGAGAACGAAGACAUUAUGAACAGUUUGCAGGACAUGGUGGCAAAGUACCAGAGAAGAAGAAACCGAACUCAGGGCCAGUCGGAUACAGACUCUGAGCUGGAGGAUCGGGUGGACGGAGUGAAGUCCUGGUUGUCCAAAAAUGACAGCUCUGCCAAGAACCUGUCAGAUGACGGCAGCCUGAAGGGCCGCAGAUAUGCUGUUAAAACAGACAUAAAGGAGGUCAAAGAUGCACAGAAAGAGCACAGAGAGGGAAAGACAAACAAGCCAGUUACUGUUUUGGGCUCUCUGAGUUACAGAAAACAAUCAAAACUAGACUUCAUUGAAGGCCAAAGCGAGAAGAAAGCAGAGCCAGAUGACGUCCCAAGUUUCAAGAGGAGCAGAUCCAGAACUGAUCUGCUAAAGCAGAGAGGUCAUGUUGAUCCCGACCCAGUCCGUCCUCCUUCCCUACACGACCAAAGUGACGGUCAGUCAGUCAUUUCCGUCCAUUCAGAGGCCAGCAGCAUCAGGAAGGACAGUCGGAGGGGUCAGUUUGAUCCAGAAGCAUCUAGCUGGCUGGCUAAGCCAGGCUGGUCCUCCACACUUCCUGAGAUGAACCUGGGGCAGAAGGUCCGUCCUGGCAGCAGGAUGGAUGGAAUCAGCAGCAGUGUGUCACUGAGAGGCAGCCCUCCCAGUAGCCUGAGCUUUAGUAAGAGAUCAAGGAGUCAAAGUCCGGGAAGUGCUGUCCAACCCAAUUCCCGGGUAUCGCUGGUUGGCAGCUGUUGCCUUGGGGAUGGUGGCGUUGAUCUGGAUGACAGAGGAAGGGUGUCCCUAACUGAGGGGUCCACAUACAGCCCCCUCUCUUUCAUUGGUCGCAGUUGCUCUAUGCCACCACCACGAGACAGGUCCGCUUCUGCCAAUCAGCCACUCGAUAGCUCGGAGAUCAGGCCCGUCCGUCAUCAGAACUACCUAGACCCUGAUUUGGAGAAAGCCAUCAAUGAAGUUUUGAGUUUUAAACCAAUAAAAGUCAAGCGGAGGAGCUUGGAAGACUCUGAAGAUGAAACAAGAUCCAGGAGUAAAGAUCAGGGUCAAAGUAGUAAGAACGGAGAGAGGAUGUAUCCCAGCAGCAGUCUUGGACGUUCUGAGUCUGCCAUGGACUUCAUGAGAUCGUCCCGCAGUGCCAGCAGCCGCAGCAAUCACCGUGACAGCAGGAGGAAAAGAAAGGGCAAGAAAAAGGGGAGAAGCCGAAGCUUUGAUUCUCACAGCUCUGGAGACGAUCCUGUUCCAAGGAGCAGCUCGAGAAGAAGGUCCAGAAACUCCUCUAAAUAUGCCUCAUCCUCCACAUCAUCCGAAUCCGAUUCAGAGUCUAGCUCCUCCUCCAGCUCUGAUGCAUCCACCAUCUCCUACCGGAGUUGCAGUAGUGUGAAAAAAGCCCUGGAUAAAUCUGCUCUCAGUCCAGACGAGGACAAGGAGACCCGGAGAGGGAGCGAGAAAAGGAGGAAGAAGAAGGUGGACAGCCUGAUGAUGAAGUACUUGUACCAGAAUGAGAGCGACUGAGGCAGACACUCCCCCAGCCGAUGGCGCUCCCGCACUGACAGAUCUGAUGAUGAGGAAGAUGCUCCUGGGACCCCGGGCUCCAAGCACAGAUACAGCAGUCAUUUGAAAGAUGAUGGCGAGGAGGAGGAGUCGUAGUCCUCGCUGUGCACCCUGUGGAGUGAACUCUCAGCCAAGUCAUACACUUUGGUUUGCAUGCAGAACUGCCUCCCGUGUUGGACAAUCAAACACGGAUAAAGUGCAUUGAUCUGCACUAAUAGACCCAUGGAGCUGACCGAGCAGCUCCAUGUUAGCAGCUGCUUGCUCAAUUAACCUUCUGCUGUUUGGUUGUUAACUGAAUAACAGACUCUGCAAAAUAAAAUGUCUCUUUCCACUUUUUUUCCCCACAGUUCACACUGAAAAAACCAAAGUUCUACAGUUUCUAUACCAGUGUGAAGCUAAAAAGUAUUGAGUUCACAUUAACACGAUGUAACGUUUCACAAUGACGGCGAAUUCCUGAGAAAAACACCAACUUUUCUUUCUCAUCUUUCCGAGAUUCUGUUGCUUCUCAUUCAGUCAGUUUCUUCUUUCCUCUUUUCCUCACAAAAAAACAUUUUCCUUUCUAAGAAUCAC